AGUUAGUCGGAACCAUUUGAGUGGUAGGACUUGUUUCCGGGAAGCUGUCAGCUGUGAGACACCGCAUCCACUAACAUGAGUUUUGAGUGGCCCUGGCAGUAUAACUUCCCACCGUUCUUCACGCUACAGCCCAAUGUUGACACCAGACAGAAACAGCUGGCGGCAUGGUGUUCCCUGGCUCUGUCCUACUGCCGCCAUCACAAGCUCUACACCCUGGACGUCAUGGAGGCUCAGGAAAGCCCCGUGUUCAACAACAAGAAGAUAGAACGAAAACUGUCAAUGGAAGCAAUUCAAGUUGUGUUUGAGGAAUUGAGGAAAAAAGGGAACCUCGAUUGGUUGGACAAAAACAAGUCUCGGUGUCUAGUCAUGUGGAGGCGACCGGAGGAGUGGGGAAAGUUAAUAUACCAGUGGGUUUCUGGAAACGGGAUGGUCAACUCUGUGUUUACACUUUAUGAGUUGUCCAAUGGAGAUGACACAGAAGGUGAAGAGUUCCACGGUUUAGAAGAGUGGAUGCUGCUGCGCUCGCUGCAGGCUUUACAGACAGACGGCAAAGCAGAGAUCAUCACCAUGGACGAUGGAAAGGGUGUCAAGUUCUUCUGAAACGGUGCUGGAAUCACACACACUCUGUCUGGGAGCCCUCGUACGAUACCUCACAGGCACAUUUUAAUAUUCAGCCAUUUAAAGGCUACACAGGUUGCACCUCAACGCCCGGCCCAGAGGAUGCUGGUCCUGCAAUUGUUGUUGCCUUCUGGUUUGUGCAAAGCCUUUUUCUUAUUGGAAGAGAACCAAUAUCAUUUCUAAGUGUUUGCAUUUGAGGUGACACCGCGUUUAAAGUAGUCGCAGGUAACAUUUGUUGCCAUUUAAACAUGCAAUGGGCCUUUCAGGGGACUAAAUACUAUCUGAAUACUCCUGGGGAAAAUCUCUCCCCACCAGCUGUAACUUUACUAUUUCUUUACUGUAAAUACGACUAGUUUUAUCCAGAUCUUUUUCCCGGUUAACAGUAUAAUUAGCUCUGGACCUUUUGCUCAGCUGUUCUAACGAGACAUCCCAAAGAAAUCCCACAAUGCAACACCAGGGGGACUUUUUUAUUUUGAGAAUAAAUGCUUGGAGAAGAGGAAGACCACAGAGACUCGGACCACCACCACCAAAUCCUGGCUCGACUCAGCUGAGUGUAAUAAUAAUAGUGGACUUCAUAUACAGAUUGCUGUCAUCCUAUUAUUGUGCAGUAGCUACUGUGACACUCCUGUUAUACUUUCUGUCUAUAUUUCUUUUUUUCAUAUCCUGUAGGAAAAUAAAUUAGAAAUUUGCUA